AGGCUGCGCAGGAAGACUAUGGUGGUGCAGCCGACAGAAGUUGGUGGUGGCUGAGGGUGGUGCGGUGUGGGGGAGCAGUAUGAGACUGGCCGGUGGCCGGAGCCCCAGCAGCCGCCUGGUGGUGAAGCGGUGGCCACAAGGCAGUGGCGAGGCCACUAGCUUCCGGCUGUUGCAGCGCAUUACCGAGCGAUCGCGACUUCUUUUCGUGGAAUGAGAAAUCUUGACCGUUGAAAUGAUUGAGAUUCGUGACAGAUCCCCUGGGGGCAAUUGGGUCCCGAAGGACGGUACGAGCCUCAAUGGGUCGGUUAGCUUUCCGCGGAGGAGUAUUAGGGGAUUGAUGGCGGUGGCGAUAGCGAACGCUUUCGGUACUUCCCAACAGCUCCGCCACCGUCCUUCGGGACCUCCCAGCCUACCCCGUCGCCCCUUUGCCGGACGGUGGAGGCUCACCAUCUCAUCCCACGAUGAGGCCGUAACGGAGAAACCGUGCCUGCUGGGUGCAGCGGUGGCGUCCCAGUCGGUGGGGAAUUCCAGCAAGCCGCUUGCGGGCAAGCGGAGGGUCUUCUUCUUGGACGUGAAUCCCUUGUGCUUUGAUGGGUCCCGCCCGAGUCUCCGUUCCUUUGCGCGAUGGCUCGACCUUUUCUUCUCCGAAGUUAGCCUCCGGGAUCCCGUCAUCGCCGUAUUGGAUGGAGAAGAAGGGAAUGAGUAUCGGAGGCAUCUGUUGCCGUCAUAUAAAGCACACAGGAAGAGAUACUUGAGGCGAUCGCGGGUAUUGCGGAGUGCUCAUGAUACUUAUCAAAGCACCACCGAGUGCAAAGUUAUAGACGUUCUCCUGAAGUGCAAUGUGCCGGUAGUCAAAGUUCAUGGAUAUGAGGCAGAUGAUGUAGUGGCAACAUUAACAGAUCAAGUUUUAAAAAAGGGAGCACGAGUUGUUAUUGGGUCUCCUGAUAAAGAUUUCAAGCAGUUGAUAUCUGAAGAUGUUCAAAUUGUGAUGCCCAUGCCUGAUUUUGGUCGAUGGUCUUUCUACACAUUGAGACACUACAUUGAUCAGUACAAGUGUGAUCCAAGUUCUGAUUUGAGCCUUCAGAAAGAAGCAAAUCCUUUGAGAGCAGAAUCUCAAAGGGUGAUCGAUCUGUAUAACUCGGUGAUGGUUGAGGACAACAACUGCUUGACCAAGCAGAUAUUUUGUUUGGUUUCCAGCCUAAAGGAAAUAGCUAUUCAUGCAUUGGUGCUAAAGUUUAAUAAGAUGACACUACUGGAUCAGAUGAUAGGUGGAAUCUGAACACUGAUGAGGCUUGUUCCUUGUACUAACUCAAUUCCUGCUUCGUGCACCAUACAAAACUAGUGAAGGAUAUCACCAGAAGAUUGAAUUCUUGAAGAAUCUCCCACAACUACCAGCAUCAUACUUGUCUACCAGAGACAUGGUUUUCAUUUGUUGAUGACAUCAGAAAAAGCAGAGAACAAAGCCUUGUGCUGUCCAAAUCACUGGCUACGGAAUGGUAGAAUUGAGAUAACCUUACAGAUGGAAGAAUAAACUCAGCCAUGUCCAACUUGCUUCAUUAACACACUCAUGUUUCCUGCCAAUGACAGCUUCAAGCCUUUUAGCAACAGAGGGCAAAUGAGAGGUCACACAUGCAACCAAGUCUUUUAGCAAACAUAGGAUUCACAUAUGUACACUGUCUUUCUCCUUGUCCACAUCACAAAGUGGCACCUUCUCUUUGACAGGAACAAGGAGGCCAAUCCCUCUUGUUUGUGUUGUUCCUGCUGUUCUGUGAACUGGAAAUGGCAAGCCA